AGAACACGGCUGAACCGUACAGGGAGAGUUCAGCUCAGGGACCAUGCUCGAACAAUUUCGGGAGCCGUAUAUAUAUCCACUCGUUCCAAGCUUGGUCUUGUGCAUGCUUCCGAACGUGUCACUUCCAACUUCGAACAUCCAGUCUCCCAGUUUCGACGAUCAAACUUUAAUUUCUCCCCUUGAUAUUAUCCAAUACGAUGCCGUACCACGGGCCUAGUGGCGGUUGCAUAACGUGCCUCUCGCGUAAGAUAAAAUGCGACGAAACCAGACCAACGUGCAACAAAUGCGCUAAGUCUAAGAGAUCCUGCGGUGGAUACCGCGCAAUGGUCGAUCUGAUAUUCCGCGAUAACACCGAGUCCACCAAAGCGCGUGCCGGGAGACGAGAACUGAUGAUGAUCGAAGACAGUCCACUUAUCACGCCUGCCGGAAAUUGGCCCAACCUAUCAGCAUUGGAAGCGUCUUUGCAGCCCCAGUCCAUCGAUGAUCAGGCUUUGGCGUGUUUCUUUACCGACUGGGCCUGGGCGCCGAAGGCGUAUACUUUCUCUCUGGAUUUCUUGCCGAGGGAAUAUAGUAGAGUCAAUCCGGAGAGGCGGAACUGUUGCAUGGCAGCAGCCACUCGAGCGGUAUCGCUCGCCCAUCUAGCGCAUAAAUCGAGAGACCCGAGGAUUCGGCAAUUGGCAGACGCGGAAUAUGUCUCUGCGCUGUCGUCGACAAAUCAGGCAUUGAGUAUCUCUGUAGAAGCUACACAGGAUGAAACCAUGAUGGCGGUUCACUUGUUGAUUCUGUUCGAGAACAUCAUAACCAGUGCGGGAGGACGCAACCCAUCUCUGCUGCCUUGGAUCACCCAUCUAGGUGGAGCAACACAGUUAGUGUUGAAGCGCGGCCCAGGCCAGCUCAACCGAGACGUCGGCGCCGCCAUGUUCCAAAUUCAGAUGUUCAAAAUGAUCGUAUAUGGAAUGAUCAACGGUCAAGCCAUUCCGACGCUAUUCGAGGGAGCGUGGAAAGAGACCGGAGACCAUGGCGACGCAGCGGUCCGGAUCAUGAAGCUCGUGUCAUCUUGUCCAGCUCUGCUUGAGCGUGCUAAAAACCUUCUGGAAUCAGACUUACUCCAAGGCGAAGAUUACUCAGGCACUGCAAGCUGAUCUGAACCGGUGGGCAAAGGUGUCGAUUGAUCCAAGGUCCUGGAUUGCAAACAAUUGGUCUUUCUUUCUUGCGGCGCGUGUAGUAGUCAAUCGACUACUCGAAAUCUGCCUUACGCACUUCUCAUCCACCUUUCUCGGAUUCAAUACCGGACCUGGC